AUAAUAAUGUAUAUAUAAUGUAAACAACACGAGUCAUAUCAGUCAUAUCCGAAGGUGUCUCAACAUUGACACGCACUACAAAGUUAAAGUAGCAAUCCGAUCUCUAUGAAUAAAAAAAUUAAAAGCAAAUAAACAAACAGUAUGGGAUAACGUGAUACUAAAGUAAAGGAGACUUAUUCAUCCAUCCACAUACAAUGGAUGGAUGAUAAAAACAAAAGAAAAACAAUUUAACGUUACGAAUCCAAUUCCAAGCACGAAAUUUUGUCACUGGCAGCGGUUUCUCAAAACCCUAAAAACUCUACCCCUCCACUCUCCACGUGUCCCUGAAGGCCAUUUAUGUCCAUUAUUCCAACCACUGGAAAACAAAACAAAACCUGGGGGCGCUGUUUUUCCAUCUAUAGUAAUCUAAUCUAAUCUAAUCUCUGAUACAGUUCUAUAUAUAAUCAGCAAAUCCCAAUUCAUUUCCAAGCAUCCAAAUUUCAAACACAGAGAUAACCAAAAAUGAGUUGUUCCAGAAAAGGUUGGGUUGUAGCCGCAAGUGUUGGAGUGGUGGAGGCUUUGAAAGAUCAAGGGAUUUGCCGAUGGAAUCAUACCAUUAGAUCCCUUCAACAAUACGCUAAAAAUCAUGUUCGAUCCAUUUCUCAGGCUAAGAAGCUUUCUUCUCCCUCCGCUGCCACCGUUUCCGAUCACAGAUGGAAGCAGUCCGAGGAAUCUUUGAGGACUGUCAUGUACUUGAGCUGUUGGGGCCCUAAUAACUGAUCAUUUCUUUACUCUAUUACAUUACUAUUGUGUAUAUGUAUAUAUAUCCACUUCAAUUCAAAAUCAAUGGAAGAGUUUUUCUUAAUCA